AGGCAGUAUUUUUGUUACCCUCAGCAAGACGCCUCCAAGUGCUCCCAGGCCGACCUGACAUUCAGCGCCGUUCACUUCUCCGGGGUUUUUCCUGACAUGCCUACGAGGGCCAUGCCGAUAUAUCAGAAAACACAGACAAAGGUUGGACAUCAGUAUUCCAGCUCAAAGCAUGUUGUCCAGCAGAUCUCAUCGAGGAUAUCAAGCAGCAAGUCAACAAAGAAGGAGCAGGUCCAGGCCACUGAGGUUAUGGCGGAACCAGCCUAUACGGUGCCAGCCUUCAGAGAGAGGGCACCUGAAGGAAUGGAGGAAUAUCAGCGUGUGUCCUCUCAUCUGGAGAGAAAUCUGACUUCCCUACAGGAAGAGUUGCACAGUAUAAGGACGGCAACUCAUGAGCAAGUGGUGAACAUUGAGAUAACAAAUGAGGUGAGAGCAUUGAAGUAUGUCAGGACGGAGCUUCCUUAUGAGAUUCCCAAAGUCCCAGACUUCCUGUUGGGUUUGAGAUCUCAUACCGUGUGGGAGAAAACUCCAGUCAAGCUCUUCUGCACUGUCGCUGGCACUCCCACCCCGAUCGUCCAAUGGUAUAAGAAUGGUGUUCCUGUUGACCCUCUGAGCACACCUGGAAAAUACAAAAUCGAAAACAAAUAUGGAGUUCACAGUCUGAUUAUUAGCAGAUGCACAGUAGCCGAUUCUGCCGUGUACAGCGCUGUGGCUACCAACUCCCAGGGAAAGGUCACCUCUAAGGCCACAGUGUGUGUGAGAAGACCAUCUGGAGCAGCAGAGAGCUCUUAUCUUCCAGGCCAUGCACCUUUGCCCUCUGAUAUCCAACGCAGCAAGCUAGAAGUGACCCUGCUCGAUAGGUUUGGAGUGACAUUUGGCACAGAGGGCGAGUCCUUGACUCUGGUGGCGAACAUGGUGGUGGUGCCUGACCUUCCCAAUCUGCCACCAGAGGUUAUGUGGUAUAGAGAUGAAACUCUGCUGACAACAUCCAGAUGGGCUGAGAUGCAUGUUGGAGGAGGGGCUGCCAGGCUGACUCUUCCUCACCUGAACAAGGACGAUGAGGGUCUGUACACACUGCGCAUCUGGACCAAGCAAGGAACCACCGAGCACAGCGCCUACCUGUUUGUCAAGGAUGCUGCACCCGCAGUAGCUGGAGCCCCUGGAGCUCCCAUGGACGUCACCGCCUCUGACGCCAAUAAGGAUUAUGUCCUCGUCUCCUGGAAGCCUCCCAAUCUCACUAAUGAGGCACCCAUCACCGGUUACUUUGUGGACAGACGCAAAUCUGGAACUAAGGACUGGGUCCAGUGCAAUGGCACCCCCGUUAAGGUGUGCAAGCUUCCCGUGCAUGGACUUACCGAGGGGGAUUCCUAUCACUUCCGUGUCCGGGCUGUGAACAGCGCAGGCAUCAGCCUGCCCUCCAGGAUGUCCUCUGGAGUGAUUGCUGCUGAUGUGGAAAGUGAUGUGGAAGUGAUUAAAAUCGAAGGGAAGUAUGAUAUUGCAAUUCGACAGGAAGACCUGCAAGGAGAGUAUGUUACAUUGCCGGAGCCCCCAACAGAUGUGCAUGCUAGUGAAAUAAAUCAAACGUAUAUUGUUCUGAGCUGGAAACCACCCACUCCCAGAGGACGGGCAACUGUGUGGUACCUCAUGGAGAAGUCGGUGGGCGACAGUAACUUGUGGCAGAGAGUCGACACAGGCAUACAAAUACGCUCACCACGUUACCCUCUUUACGAUCUGGAGGACAAGAAAGCAUACCGUUUCCGUGUUAUCACAGUCAACAAGUACGGCCCGAGCGAGCCAUCAGAGCCUACAGCUCUCAUCCAGAAGGCAGACCCUUAUGGCAGCAUUCCAAACAUCGGCGUUCCCUCAGCCCCGGGUAAGGUCAUGGCUUCUAGGAACACAAAAACAUCUGCCUUUGUGCAGUGGGAGUCCCCCAAACAGGGCAAAAACCUCAUGGGCUACUAUGUGGAUUGCUGUGUUGUUGGCUCCAAGACCUGGAUCCCGUGUAACCACAGGCCCUACAAGCACACCAGGUUUGUGGUCCAUGGCCUGACUUCUGGCGAUACAUAUAAAUUCCGCGUCCAGGCAGUGAAUGCCUAUGGUCUGAGUGAGGAGUCUCAGGAGUCUGAUCCACUCUUCAUCGAUGCUGCAAUCGCUGUUCCCUCUGCACCAUACGGCAUCACUCUGCUCAGCUGUGAUGGAGCCUCCAUGACCCUGGCCUGGAAACGGCCCAAACGCACAGGCGGAAGCAGGAUCACGUCCUACUACUUGGAUAAACGUGAAGCAGACUCUGUAUUGUGGAAGGAGGUCGGCUCAAGGCCUGCCACAGGCAGGGUUUAUAAGGUGGAGAAUCUGACUGCUGGCACCUUCUAUGAGUUUAAAGUUCAAGCUGGCAAUAUGGCUGGUGUCGGUAUGCCGUCUGAACCCAGUGUGCCAUUUGCUUGUGAGGCCUGGACCAUGCCUGAGCCUGGUCCUGCAUAUGACAUCAGUUUCUGGGAGGUGCGUGAUGAUUCUCUCUUGGUUCAGUGGAAGUCUCCAGUAUACACUGGGGACACUCCCAUCAAAGGCUACUUUUUGGAAAUGGCCAAGAAGGGGUCCUUUGAUUUUGUUGCAGUGAAUGCAGAGGUUGUGAACCAUAGUUACUUAAAGGUGACUGGUUUGGAAAAUGGAGCUUCGUAUGUGUUUAAAGUAUGUGCAGUGAAUUCUGCAGGUAGAGGAAAAGAGUCAGAUGUGUCUGAGGCUGUGUGUAUUAAAGCUCUGCCAGGUACAAAGGAGAUUGUAUGUGGUGUGGAUGAGGAGACUGGAGAUAUUUUCUUGUCCUUUGAGGCUUGUGAGUUAUCUGAGGACUCCAAGUUUAUUUGGUCCAAGUCUUACAAGGAAAUCAGCGAAUCCAAGAGGGUCACCGCAUCAGCUGUGGGAAGAACCUCCAGACUGACGUUCGCAAACCUCGAGAAGGAAGACCUGGGUCUCUACUCUGUGGCCGUGACUGAUACAGACGGAGUGUCUUCCAGUUACACCCUCAAGGAGGAGGAGCUGAAAAAAUUGCUUGAACUGAGCUAUCACAUCAGACAUCCACUUGUUCCCCUAAAGACAGAGCUGAAUUAUGAAGUUCUUGAGAAAGGUCACGUGCGUUUCUGGCUUCAGGCCAAGAAGCUGUCCUCUGCUGCAUCCUACAGGUUCAUCGUUAAUGAUAAGGAGGUCACUAGUGCUGAGGGUCACAAGAUUAGCCACGAUGCUUCCACUGGAAUAAUUUCGAUGGUAGUUGAGCACUUUACCAGAUCCAAUGAGGGCACAUACACUCUUCAGAUCCAUGACGGAAAAGCUAAGAACCAAAGCUCCCUGGUGCUUGUGGGAGAUGUCUUCAAGGCCGCGCUCAAAGAGGCUGAAUUUCAGAGAAAGGAACACCUCAGGAAACAAGGUCCUCAUUUCUCAGAGUACCUGUCUUUCCAUGUGGAUGAAGAGUGCACUGUUAAGCUUGUAUGCAAGUUGGCCAAUGUAAGAAAAGACACUACUUUCAAAUGGUUUAAAGAAGAUGAAGAAAUAACUCUUGAUGUCGCACCCAACCCCAUGUCUGGAUCCUGCACUCUUCCUAUCCCCUUGUUUUCCAGAAAAGACCAGGGCACUUACAAAGCUGUACUGAGUGAUGAUCGUGGAAAGGAUAUUUCUGCGUAUGAAAUUUCUGGCCAAAUCUUUGAGGAUAUCAUCAACGCCAUUGCCCGCAUUUCUGGCUCAUCUGCAUCUGAGCUGAUGUUGCAGUGCACACCAGAGGGCAUCAGACUGCAGUGCUACAUGAAAUACUACACAGAGGAAAUGAAGACCAGCUGGUUCCACAAGGAAAGUAAAAUCGCCUCUUCGGAGAAGAUGAGGAUCGGAGGUACGUCUGAAAUGGCCUGGAUGCAGAUCUGUGAGCCUACAGACAGGGAGAAGGGCCAUUAUACCAUUGAGAUUCACGAUGGCAAAUCUGCCCACACCCGUUCCUUUGACCUCUCUGGACAAGCAUACAUUGAUGCCUAUGCGGAAUUCCAAAGACUCAAGGCUGCAGCAUUUGCAGAGAAAAACCGUGGCAGAGUAAUGGGUGGACUGCCUGACGUCGUCACCAUUAUGGAGCAUAAGACCCUGAGUUUGACAUGCACAGUGUGGGGUGACCCCAAACCUGAGGUCACCUGGUUCAAGAACGAACAGGAAGUCAUUUCUGACGAUCACAACCAGAUCUCCUUUGAAAGCGGCAAGUUCGCCAGCCUCACGAUUAAAACCGUUACGGUGGAUGAUUCCGGCAAGUACAGCAUCAAUGUGCGAAACAAGUAUGGCGGUGAGUUUGUGGAGAUCACAGUCAGUGUCUACAAGCUGGGUGAGGACAUCCCUGAACCCAAGUUGGGACAGAUGGCAAAACCUACCUCAGCACCCAAGUCCGUUGCACCACCGUCCUCAAAGCCCCAGACUCCUGCACCAUCCGUGAAGAGCCCUACCCCCAGUCCAGCCCAGUCCUUUAAAUCCCCAACCCCAACUCCAUCUCAAUCCGCAAAGUCCCCUCCCCCAGCUUCCAAAUCUCCCACCCCACCUAGGAGUGCCAAGUCCCCCACUCCACCCAGAUUCAUGAGAUCCCCAACACCCACCAAGAAGUAAAAAAAAAAAAAAAAAGGAUGUCACUAAAGAAGUGGAUGAUUUGGAUGUUAAUACAGCAGAAUAAAUAGUGCUUGAUCAUAACUUGAUUACAGAUGUGGUUUAUGAAUCACUGACUUACUGGCCAAAAUAAAAGAAAAUUGGCAAAAAGUUAACAUCGUUAACAUAUAGGUGGCUAAUAAAUCAGUAUAGGCUUUGUUCUAUGUGCAUGAAACCUUUUAAAAAUAAGGUUAGUAGAUUUGAUAAAUAGAAACUAGAACUCGAAUAUCAGGCUCUAUUGUAACAGAAGUCAAGAAAGUCAUUGCAUUUAAUCAAAAAAAAAAAUCUUUUAAGGAUUAUGGAGUUGAAACCACUGAAAACAGUCACCAUCUUUGUGAAUGGCAUUACCACCUGACUUUUAUUCUGUAGCUUCGUAAUGCUUUGUUUUGGCAAUAAAGACAGUGAUCAACUUCCA